UUUCAGAAGCAUGCUGCCUCUGACUAGGGUGGCAGAGCACAGCCAUCAUGGCUUGUAGCCAUUGAUAGCCCUGUCCUCCAUGAAUUUGUCCAAUCUUCUUUUAAAGCCAUCCAAGCUGGUGGCCAUUACUGCAUCUUGUGGGAGCAAAUUCCAUAGUUUAACUAUGCGCUGAGUAAAGAAGUACUUCCUUUUGUCUGUCCUGAAUCUUCCAACAUUCAGCUUCUUUGAAUGUCCAGGAGUUCUAGUAUUAUGAGAGAGGGAGAAGAACUUUUCUCUAUCCACUUUCUCAAUGCCAUGCAUAAUUUUAUACACUUGUAUCAUGUCUCCUCUGACCCGCCUUUUCUCUAAACUAAAAAGCCCCAAAUGCUGCAACCUUUCCUCGUAAGGGAGUCGCUCCAUCCCCUUGAUCAUUCUGGUUGCCCUCUUCUGAACCCUUUCCAACUCUAUAAUAUCCUUUUUGAGAUGAGGCGACCAGAACUGUACACAGUAUUCCAAAUAUGGCCACACCAUAGAUUUAUACAAUGGCACUAUGAUAUCGGCUGUUUUAUUUUCAAUACCUUUCCUAAUUAUCGCUAGCAUGGAAUUUGCCUUUCCUUUUGCUGGUUGCUGGAUAGAGGCCACACGGGCUCUUACGCAGCCAUGCUGAAAGUGGCCCAAAUGUUAUUGCUGCUGAUCGGAUUCAUCUCCACAAGAUCUUCACGGUGGGCAGAUCACAGUACAUACACCUGCUUCAAAAUUAUCACCAUGUAUGACUUAGUUAUGAUUCUGAUUUUCUACAUUGUCUGCAUCUUCAGAAUUUACCAAAUGCCGGCCUGCAUCAACUGGCCACUUGCAGUGCAGCUGGCUAGCCCUCCACGUGUCCUGGGCCUUCCCGGUCGUCUGCGGCCUCCUCUUCAUCCCGACUGUGAUCUACUUCCACCUCACCAGUUUUACAGACACAGGAAUUCUCCACAAAGGCAUCGAACAGGAGCUGGCGAACCAGGCUUUUACCAUGAAAGACCUCAAUCAGCACUGGUGCAACAAAUGCCAGCUCUACUGCCUGCAGCACACCUUCCACUGCGCCUGGUGCAAUAUCUGCGUGGAGGAAUUUGAUCACCACUGCAUGUGGGUCAACAACUGCAUCGGCUGCCACAACCUCCGCUUCUUCAUCUUCUUUGUGGUCUUCCUGAGCGGUUACGACCUGGCUGUGCUGGCUUCCUGCCUGGUCUACAUGGCGCUCAAUUCCCAGCACGCUUUCAGCGUGGAGAAGAUUUGCACGGUGCUGGUGACCAUCCCCACGGCCUUCUACCUGGUGCCACUGCUCAUCCUGCUCUGCACCCAGGUCAGCUACCUCUUAGCAGCUCAGCACAGAUGUAAAUUCCAGGCUCCCUCCUUCAAUCAGCCUUUUGCCUCGAACUUGUACAAUUCAGAAUUUUGCAAGCAGCACAGGACAAAGUACAGAGUGAGGUCGGCCGUGCCAGCUGCUGGAGCCGUGGCCCUGGGAGCUAUGAAGACCUCUCCGCUCUGCCACGUCCCCUGGAUUUCCAGCUCAGCCGUCCUGAGCUCCUGCCCACAUAGCUGCCCACGAGACACAUGCAGGGAACAGAAGGCGCUCAAGGCUUGGCACCACCUCCUGUCCGCUGUGGGGAGCCUUCUGCAUCGAGAGGGUCCCAGGCUGGGAGCAUCAUCAGAACAGGCUGAGAAGCAGGUUGGCAAGAAGAAAACUAGCUGGCACCAGGACGCCAAAGAGAGAACCGUGGAGAUCCCAAUUCCUGACGGGCUGGACUCCGCGGAGUUGCUGGAUUCGGACCAAGACAUGCACUGGAAAUGGCAGAUCCAUGCCAGCCGGCGAGCCGCUUUGUUGCCCACAGCCACCCUCCUCUCCGUGUCUGAUAUCUGAAAGGAAACUCACAGGGCUCCCCUUUAUUCCAGUGAACACAGUUUUGUGAAGAAAAAAGUGGAUAAACGCAUUUGCAAAGUCUCGCUCUUCCAUGUGGGUUCGUUUCUUUUUCGUUUAGGCUGGGCAGAGGGGGAAGUUGCUACGAUGAGGCCUUGAAGGUGGCCAACUCAUGGGCUGCAGGGAAAGGGGAAGCAACUUUUGGUGUCACACCAAACUCUUGUACCUCAAACCCACCUGAAAAGAGACAUUAAUGUUUUGUUUUUAUUUUACUUUUUGCUGAGACCUACGGUCAAAUAUGGUCAGGAGGAAGGGCAGGAAAUUGAAUAAAUAAAUA